AAAAGGGAAGUGCAAGAACGAACCAACAACUUGUGAUAAACACGUCGGGCUUCGCUGCGCUCCCAGUCACCGGUCUGUCCGUCGGUUCGGGGACGGGUCGCGUGAAACACAGCUCGAGUCCAGCGGAUCCAGGAAGGCCGGCAGGUGAAGCCGGGUGACAGCCAGCGGGUUCCGGGGCUCUUUAAAGGUUUCUUCUUAUCCUCCGGGAACAGACUGCCGCUGUUAUCGAGACGUAAAUUAAAGCUGCAUUUCUAUUUCGUCACGGAGCUUCCCCAGUCAAUCACGAGGCAGUUAUGGGCUCCAUGUUUCGCAGUGAGGAGGUGUGCCUGGUGCAGCUCUUCCUUCAGUCAGGCUCGGCAUACAAUUGUGUCAGUGAGCUGGGAGAACUGGGCCUGGUUGAAUUCAGAGAUUUGAAUCCUAAUGUGAACGCCUUUCAGAGGAAGUUUGUCGGCGAGGUCAGGCGAUGUGAGGAACUUGAAAAAACGUUUACCUUCUUGGAGCAGGAGAUCAAUCGCUCCCUGUCUCCCCACUUGAACUGUCCCCUCCCUCCUCCAUGCCCGAUACCUUUGGCCCCUCAGCCUCGCGAACUCAUCACCGUCGAGGAGGAGUGCGAGAGGCUGACCAGAGAGCUCAAAGAGGUGUCCAGGAACAGAGACAGCCUCCGGACUCAGCUGACUCAGCUCUGUCAGUACCAAGGAGUCCUGACCAGGACUCACUCCCUCACAGCCUCACAGGCACCACCACCUGUACUGGAAAGCCAAGGGCUGUUUGAUAACCGCCAAGAUAUCCACCUCAGUUUUGUGGCAGGAGUGGUCCAUCCUUGGAAGGUUCCUUCGUUUGAACGGUUAUUAUGGCGGGCAUGUCGAGGUUAUAUCAUUGUGGAUUUCAGAGAAAUGGAGGAUCGACUCGAGCAUCCUGACACGGGGGAAAUGGUACAAUGGACAGUGUUUCUCAUCUCCUAUUGGGGAGAUCAGAUUGGACAGAAAGUCAAGAAGAUAUGCGAUUGCUUCCGCACACAGACGUUUGCAUACCCUGAGAGCACUGCUGAGAGAGAGGAGAUUCUCCAGGGACUUCAAGGCAGAAUUGAAGAUCUCAAAUCAGUGCUGUUUCAGACCGAGUCCUUCCUGCAGCAGCUGCUGAAUCGAGCAGUGGCUGUGCUGCCCCAGUGGAAAGUGCGUGUGCAGAAGUGUAAGGCGGUGCAGAUGGUGCUGAAUCUCUGCAGCCCCUCCGUCACAGACAAAUGCCUGAUCGCCGAGGCCUGGUGUCCUGUUACCAAGCUGCCUGAACUGCAGAGCGCUCUGAGAGAGGGAGGGAGGAAGAGUGGAAGUGGUGUUGACUCUUUCUACAACCGCCUGCCCUGCUCCAGCACUCCACCUACCCUGUUUCCCACCAAUUCUUUCACAGCUGGUUUCCAGAACAUUGUUGAUGCCUACGGAGUGGCCAGCUACCGGGAAGUCAAUCCGGCGGUGUACACCAUCAUUACAUUCCCAUUCCUGUUUGCUGUGAUGUUUGGGGAUGUGGGUCAUGGGUUACUGAUGACUCUGGCUGCUCUCUGGAUGGUCCUUGAGGAGAAGGACCCCAAAUUGAAGAAAAACGACAAUGAGAUCUGGAGGAUGAUGUUUGGAGGAAGGUAUCUGAUUUUGCUGAUGGGACUGUUCUCCAUCUACACGGGGGCCAUUUACAACGAAUGCUUCAGCAGAGGCCUCAAUACCUUCAACUCAGCGUGGCACGUCCGCCCGAUGUUCGAGAACAACAAAUGGAAUGCAUCAGUCCUCGCAGGGAACAAGUUCUUGUCCAUGGAUCCUGUUGUGCCUGGUGUUUUCACCACCCCAUAUCCAUUCGGCAUUGACCCGGUCUGGGGGCUGUCCAACAACAAACUGACUUUCCUUAACUCGUACAAGAUGAAGAUGUCGGUCAUCAUCGGUGUCAUUCACAUGACAUUUGGAGUCUGCUUGUCAUUUUUCAACUAUUGGCACUUUGGCAAGAUAAGCAGUGUGUUCUUUGUGCUGAUCCCUGAACUGUUCUUCAUGGUGUCUCUGUUUGGCUACCUGGUGUUCAUGGUGGUCUUCAAGUGGAUCGCCUACAAUGCAGACCAGUCCAAAUUCACUCCCAGUAUACUCAUCCACUUCAUAGACAUGUUCCUCUUCACAGACAACCCUGACAACCCAUUGCUCUUUGAAGGACAGAUUGUGGUGCAGAAGAUCCUGGUGGUGCUGGCCCUGUGUUCUGUCCCUGUCCUCCUGUUUGGGAAGCCCAUGUACGAAUUCAUCACAUUCAAGAGAAGACAACGUCAAGUUGAGGAAGACAGACGUCUGCUGGUGGCCGAGGAAGGCUCCAUCAACACUCGUCAGGGGGAGGGGGAGGGGGAGGUGGAGGGAGGAGCUUCUGAAGAAGAGGGGUUUGAUGUUGCAGACAGGUUCAUGCAUCAGGCCAUCCACACCAUAGAGUACUGCUUGGGCUGCAUCUCCAACACUGCCUCUUACCUCCGACUCUGGGCUCUUAGUCUGGCACAUGCACAGCUGUCGGAGGUGUUGUGGGUGAUGGUGAUGAAUAAGGGGUUGAAAUGGGAGGGCUACCUGGGAUCUGUAGUCCUCUUUGUGGUCUUUGCCUUCUUUGCUGUAUUGACUGUCUGCAUCCUGCUAGUUAUGGAGGGACUCUCAGCUUUUCUGCACGCACUCCGUCUGCACUGGGUGGAGUUUCAGAACAAGUUCUACAGUGGAUCAGGCUACAAGUUGAGCCCCUUCUCUUUCUCAUCUCUGAUCAAUGCAUCAGCUGCUAUUUGAUCGGCCAAAACAUUACUUGGGAUUGCCAAAUUAUUAUGUUAAUGUGUGUACGUUAUUGAAUACUUGGACUACAACUAAUCACAUCAGAAUGACUUUGUCUCCUCGUCUUAACGGUGGCAUUCUAUUGCCUGUAGGCUGUGACUUGCACAAUUAUUACGACCGUAAAGACUGUUAUUUUUGCAGUCCCUAUGUUAUUAAUUACAAUUGCAUUAUAUGAAAUGAAAAUAUAUACUUUUGUAUCCCCUUGCUAAUUAUUUUGUUUCACUAUCCGUGUAGUACUUUUUAAUCAGUCAGUAGCUCUAAAAAAAAUAAGAAUUUACACUGUACGAACAGCUAUUAUAUCAAUUAUUAAAAGGGAAAGGACACCAAUUAAUGAAUCUGUUCCGCAGUUUAAGGGAAGGUAUGGUUGUUGAAUUGGUGUAUAAGACAGCCCUGUAGGAUUCUUCAAUUGAUAGCAGGGAAUUGCAUGAAUGAUUUUAAUGAGCCAAAGACACUUUUUCCUCAUUGUCAUGUCUUCCGAGGACAACACACAAUAGAUAUUUAUUGGUAGUAGAAGUUUUUUUUUCAGGUGCCUUACCGGGACUGAGUACUUGUUAAUCCUGUAAGUCUUUUGGACAGAUAAUAACCUCUAAUAUAAUGCCACUAUUUUGAACAAAACUGCCUUGACAUUUAUAUUAUUUUCUGCCGGUUUGCACUGUAACAUUGAUCAAAUUUGAACUGGAAUUAAAUCUGAUUUUCUUGUUUAA